UUCGCCGCGUGGCCCCUCGNUUCCCCAUCUUCCCUGUCAGCCACGAAAUCAUGCCCGGGGGCAACGUCAACAUCACCUGCGUGGCCGUGGGCUCCCCCAUGCCCUACGUCAAGUGGAUGCAGGGGGCCGAGGACCUGACGCCCGAGGACGACAUGCCCGUGGGCCGCAACGUCCUGGAGCUCCCGGACGUCAAGGACUCAGCCAACUACACGUGUGUGGCCAUGUCCAGCCUGGGGGUCAUCGAGGCCGUUGCUCAGAUCACGGUGAAAUCACUCCCCAAGGCUCCCGGGACGCCGGUGGUGACGGAGACGACAGCAACAAGUAUCACCAUCACCUGGGACUCUGGGAAUCCAGAUCCUGUGUCCUACUAUGUCAUUGAAUACAAGUCUAAAAGCCAGGACGGGCCGUAUCAGAUCAAAGAGGACAUCACCACCACGCGGUACAGCAUCGGGGGGCUCAGCCCCAACUCCGAGUACGAGAUCUGGGUCUCUGCAGUCAACAGCAUCGGGCAGGGGCCUCCCAGCGAGUCGGUGGUCACUCGCACAGGGGAACAAGCUCCCGCCAGCGCCCCCCGAAACGUGCAGGGGCGAAUGCUGAGCAGCACCACCAUGAUCAUCCAGUGGGAGGAACCAGUGGAGCCCAACGGGCAGAUCCGGGGGUACCGCGUGUACUACACCAUGGAGCCCGACCAGCCCGUCAGCAACUGGCAGAAGCACAACGUGGACGACAGCCUCCUGACCACCGUGGGCAGCCUCCUCGAGGACGAGACCUACACGGUUCGGGUCCUGGCCUUCACCUCCGUGGGCGACGGGCCCCUCUCCGACCCCAUCCAGGUUAAGACGCAGCAAGGAGUUCCUGGGCAGCCAAUGAACUUCCGAGCAGAAGCCAAGACGGAGACGAGCAUCGUGUUGUCCUGGAGCCCUCCCCGCCAGGAGAUCAUCGUGAAGUACGAGCUGCUCUACAAGGAGGGAGACCACGGCAGGGAGGUGCAGAAGAACUUCGAGCCAACGACCUCCUUCACUCUGGAAGGCCUGAAGCCCAACACUGAGUAUGUCUUCCGGCUGGCCGCCCGCUCGGCUCUGGGCCUGGGGGCCUUCACCCCGGAGGUCAGGGAGCGCACCUUGCAGUCUA